ACAACAUGGCCGUAUCCAAAGUGGCGGAGGCGGUAAGGGCAUCUGGGUCAGCCACAGGGUCCGACAAGGCAAUGACGGUUGUCGACAUAACAAAAUAUCGACGGACAAAGGAAAUCCACUGCAACACAUCAUCUAUCGUCGACGAAGCACCGAAAGAUAUGCGGGCCAAACCAAGCGGUUUUUCGCGAUUCAAUCCGCCGAAUUCCUCUGUCGCCACGCUCGCCCCCGAUCGUUCUCCCCCUUCAGAUCUUUAUCCGUGAGAUCGAAGACCGAAGCAACCACACCUGUGUUGCAGAGACCUCCUGUGCGGAUCUGGAAUCCAUUCACAGCCGCCAGUUGCUCUAGAUGCACGUGUCCCAAUGGCUUUGACUUGUCGUCGAGUAGAGUGAAUCCGAUGAUGGGCCCCGGGUCUUCCAAGAACGCAGCCGCAGCUGCGAACGACCGAUGCUGCUGAACCACGGGUUUCCCAUUCGCAUGGCGUAGAGAUGCCAGCUCGCCGGUGGCGAACCGCACAAGCGAGCUGACGUGCUUGGCGACAUGUCUGUGUGACUUGUAUAGCCGUUUGUGGGUGUCCAGAGCACGAGCGAGAGCGACGAUGCUCAAGUAAGAGACAGUGCCGUCUUCGAAUCUCUCGUGCACCGUGCCAGGGAGCAUCGGCCGCCGCGGCUGCAUCCACUGGGCUGAUUCGACAGACAAUCCAUCGACGGUCCCCCCGCCGAAAUAUCCCCGGCGCUGUAAGACAUGUGACGAAGCGCGCUUGACUACAAGGCAGCCCAAUCCAGUCGGAUAGCCGAAUAUCUUGUAGAAAGAGCAAGAUACAAAGUCGGGCGCCGUCUCAAUGGGUAUAGAUCCGAGAUCGAGGACAGCAGUGGAGAGAUAUGCCGCGGCGUCGACGAGCAGGUACACGUCCGGACAUCUCUCCUUCACCCGCUGCGCAUAGCCAAGCCCGAGCCGCUGUCCCGUGGAAUUGCACUGCGCAGAGUAAGCGAACAAAGAGGCAGGGGCCAGAUCCACGGGAACGUCCUCGACGCUAACCGGCAGGACCUCCGCCCCGCACGCCAGAGCGCACCCCCGUAUCCCGACAAGGCUCGUGUGGCUUGUUUUGAGGUACACGUACUUCGUUCCGCGCCCCCACGGGAACGACUCACCCACCAACUUGAGCGAGGCGGUGGCCCCAGACGUGAAAACGACAUCCCAAUCAGCUCGUUGCGCCUCGUCGAGCCCAAACAGAUCCUCCAAGAUCCGCCCCCGGCACUGCUCGAUCUCCAGGGAAGAGGCGACAGACGCUGGCGCGCGGGAGUGGGGAUUCGAGAACAGCGUCGUGGACACCGCGUCGGCUAGGGCGCGGAUCGUCGAAACAGGGGCUGGCGCAGAUGCCGCGUAGUCGAGGAAGGUGGUCCCGUGGAGGCUGGGGUAUUCUGCCGACCGUAGCGCAUGGAACGCGUCGCUGCCGAGACCGUAUCCGUAAUCGCUGCCGGCCUGGUCAUAGAACUCAUGUCGUUUUGCAUCGAUGUCGCUGAUGUGUUCCGGCGCCUGCAUGCAAAAUGGGAGUAGGCCGAACAAAGGUCGGGGGGUCGCCUGGGCCCCAGUGACUCCGACCAGAAAUGAUCUACGUACACAGCCAUCCGCUAUCUAAUCUAGCCUUGAUCUGAAGAUCUGCAUGUCGAGAAGCGUAGUGCCGAGAGAUUGAAUGAUGCAUCCCGAUUCCAUGCCCGAUUAGAGCAACGAGCAUCAUACAACGUCAGUAUCUAAAUUUUACAUUCAAUCUUGUUGGACAACGCUGCCUCCCGCCACCGUGAGCAACUUCCAAUCGAUCUCCACGUCCUUCGUCAGGAAGAUCUUCCGCGCGUCUUCGGCGAUAGCUUCGAAGCCGUGCGUCGCGAGAGCGAGGAUGGUAGGGCCGGCGCCGGAGAGACAGAUCCCAAGAAGACCGGGAUGGGUGAUCGGUGUGAUGGAUGAGGUGACUUCAGGCAGACCAGGUAU